AAAAUAUUCAUCAAAUUUAUCUAUUUAUCGGGAUAAAUUUGGAGAAAAUUUAGUUUUCUCAUGGGCGAAAUCGAAGAGAGCUCACAAUCAAUCUCCCUGUCUAGCUGCACUCCCAUCGAAUUGUCUAACAACGAGAGAGAGGACCAUACGAGAAUUACCUCCCGUAGAGGAUUAUGUGUGAUAAACCCUUCGAUCGGCCGUCUAAUUCUGAGAAGACUGGUUCUGCAGAUCGGAAGGGCUUACCAUCGACACAGAUCUAAGCUUGAGAUUACCAUGGUAUGGCGAGUUCAGAGCAAGACGAGAAUGCAAUUGAGUAUACUGUUUGAGGAUUUAUGAUUCUCUUAAAGACAUUGCUUCUGAGUAUAAAGUUUACGGGCAUAUAGUGUUUCGUAAGAUUAAAGGUCUGUUUGAUAUACAGACGGUGUGAACGUUGCUGUAUCUCGUCCGCUAAUAUCAGGCACCGUAGAGCAACC